GGGAAACACAAAUGUCAACACCAAAGAAUAGCCUUUUGCUUUGCACAUAAAAACUCUCACUUUCUUGCCUCCAAAUCUUUCCUUUACCAAACAAUUUCACUCCUAUAUCUUCUCUCUGUCUCGCUAUCUCUUUGCUCUUUUAUUCAUGCGAGCCAAAAUAAAUGGAAUCUUUCAUGAGACUGGUCCUGGCUCUGUAUCUGUUCUUCUUCGCGUCUCGUCAGCAGGUUUCAUCAGAAUCUAUUACCAGAGAGAGUUUUCCAGAUGGGUUUGUAUUUGGGACAGCUUCUUCAGCUUACCAGUUUGAAGGAGCUGUGAAUGAAGGAAACAAAGGAGAAAGCAUAUGGGACACUUUCACCAAGAAACCAGGAAAGAUACUGGAUUUCAGCAAUGCAGAUACAACGGUUGAUCAAUAUCAUAGAUUCCAUAGUGAUAUAGACCUUAUGAAAGAUCUGGGAAUGGACGCUUACAGAUUCUCUAUAUCUUGGACAAGAAUAUUCCCUAAUGGAACAGGGGAAGUAAACCCAGAUGGACUUAAGUACUACAACAGUCUCAUAGACGCGCUUUUAGCCAAGGGAAUCAAACCUUAUGUGACAUUGUAUCACUGGGAUCUCCCACAAGCUUUAGAAGACAAAUAUGACGGAUGGCUAGGCAUUGAAGUCGUGGAUGACUUCGAGCGUUAUGCAUUCACCUGUUUCAAAGCAUUCGGAGAUAGGGUGAAGUACUGGAUCACUUUCAACGAGCCACGUGGGUUAACGAUCCAAGGCUAUGACACGGGGAUACAAGCUCCAGGGAGGUGCUCACUUCUCGGACAUUGGUUCUGUAAGGAGGGGAAGUCAUCGGUGGAACCGUAUGUUGUAGCUCAUAACAUUCUCUUGUCUCAUGCUGCUGCUUACCGCACCUACCAGAAACACUUCAAGAAGAAACAAGGUGGUCGAAUCGGGAUGUCGUUAGAUGCGAAAUGGUUUGAGCCAAUGUCUGAUAAUGAUGAGGACAGAGAUGCAGCUCGUAGAGCGAUGGAUUUUGGGAUUGGAUGGUAA